AUCUCUGCAGCUCACUUCCUUUCACCACACUAUCAAAUGAAGCGUAAUGGGAGCCCUUCCUCUGCUUGGGCUCUCAAUUUCUUCAUUUCCAUGUUUAUUGAGCCCUAAUUCCAGCAAUAGUAAGAUCCAAUUCCUCCCAUUUCUCAGCAAUACAGUAUUUUGCAGAACCUACGGGUCCCGCGCUGCGGGUGGCUCUCACCAUGACGGUGGAAGGAUCAGAUACAGUUUCAAGGACGAUUUGGACGUCGAAGGUGAUGAUCUCCAUGAUGAUUUUGGGUUCAGCAGCGGCGCGAAGCAGAGGGCCUGGUGGUCUGAUGACAAUGACUACGAUGACUGGGAGGUUGAAGACGAUGAGGAGCCUUGGAUUUUUAUGGUAUUUAGAGCUUUUGGCUGGAUGCUUCCUGCUGUUGCCAUUUCAUUACUGCUUGGAACAAGUUCAAAUGCUUUCUUAAUGGCAUUAGUUGUUCCACUAGGGCAAUCCGUACUUUCUUUUGCAAUCGAUAAGGUCUGGGGCCAAAACACCACAAAAUCUAGUGCAAAGACGAGGAGUAGGAAGAGGCCAUUUGCAAGAGCAGCAGCUGCAAGAAACAUGAAGACAAGUGGGAAAAAGGAAGAAGAAAAUAUGCCUGGCGAGAGAAGAAAUGACUACAAGUCCUGGGUGUCUUCAGACGCUGGUUCAUAUAACAAGGAUCGUCACAACAUCCCUAGAUAUGGUGGAUGGGAUGAGCUAGACAAACAAACUGAGACCCGAAAUCCGAAAAAGGAAAAAAUGCCACCUAGUAAGAAGGCAAAUAAGUCUCAGAAGCAACAAAAGAAGUAUAAAUUUAGUCAGAUUGGGAGAGUCAGAGACAGACCUCUGCUACUAAGGUUGCUAAUUGCAGUUUUUCCGCUCUUAGGCUCCUGGACUAAGUUGUUGUUUUGAUUUUGCGUGUUGCGAUUGUAAGAAAUUCGUGGAAAGUGCCAAUUUAUUUCUUUUUAGAAGACAAUUUCAGAGUAUUGAGGAGGU